AUGACUCGUCCAACCUACAUCGAGAUCCCCCAAGAAAAUCUUCGCUCGGCUAGCGCACUCUCGAGAAAUGCAUUGUCGCCCCGGAUCCAACAUUUCGACGGCGAUGUGCCUCCUGCACUAUCACCGUUGGAUGCCAUUGCUGCCCGAAGUCGCAAACUGGCCAAAGAGUUGGAGGAAACGAGGAAAGCCGGCGAGCGUCGCAUGAGCAGACUCCCACCACAAGUGGUGACGGAAUCCCUGACCGAACACCAAAACAAUCGUCCUCCCAUAUUUCGUGCCUUGUCUGAUGGCCUUGACACAGUCCCUCCUCUCCCAACGUUGGAUAAGGAACGUGGUGGCAGCUUUGCUCGAGUUGCUCAUCCUCUGAACAGGCCGACCUCCCAACGUGUUCACGUGAGUGCCCUUAAGUCGGGCGAGGAUCAGGAAAGCAAAGAAACAUCUCCGAUGCAGGAUUACUUUGGUGCCCCUCGAGUAGAAUCUCCUCCGCCGUUAGAGCCUCAGGGACCAUUAUCACCAUCCCAUAGCGUUCCCCAACACGGCCUUUCCAGACAAGUCUCGGGCACUUCUCAAUCAGACUUCAGUGCGACUCUGGCGCCGCCACGAUCCUAUUCCAGCCGACUCCGACCGUACCAGGAUGCUUCUGACGACGACUAUACCAGUUCCAAUGCAGGCUCGACGUUUUCCCAGUCAAGGAAGCUUUCAUCCAGCAGCGGUGUUUCUGCUCCUCAUUCUCCAAUCUCGCCCUAUGAACAAUCUCAUGCUCGAUCACCCUCCAGCACUUCACUUGGGUCUCCCUCUCACAAGACACUGACACGGAAUUUCUCCCGCCCUUUGAGUUCAGUCAGUAUGAGCAACCUCAAGGGCGACAAAAGCCCGACCAAAGCCACAUUCGCAAACCGGUUGAGCCAGCUCCGUGCUGCGAACUCUUUCGAUAAUUCCACAUCGCCCGUCGAUGGCUAUCUCGCUGGGGAAGCGUCUUCAUAUACUCAUGCCAAAUACAGCUUGCCUAGGGGCCGACUGGUUUCCGAUCGGACAUCUGUAGUUUUUUCGGCCCUGUCCACACCCCAUUUCGAGUGGCAGGAGCCGAUGUUUCCUUGCACGCCACCAUUAGAAGCCAAGAACAGCACUGAGCUCCCGAUUCCGUCUCCAAUGGCAUCAGCUCGACCCAGCAGAGAAGACCAACAUCAGAGGUCGAGCCCGUCUUUUGAGCUCAACUCGGAGCACACGUUGACCGCCACGGACCGUGCCGCCUAUCCAACACCGUAUUAUACGCCGACAGGAUCUCUCAGAUCCAAUGACUCUUCGAGUUCGAGACCUUCGAUUGGCCAGCUUGUUCCUUCAUCUUCGGGAUUCAUGCAUCCCCCUGUGCCAUUAUCACCCGUAGCAGAAGCAUCACACUCUUCACGAUCGACAAGCACGGUUCGGCCAACCACAAGCCGGUCUGCCAGCAAUUACCAAGGCCUCUCCAUGGACGAUCAUGUUGCCAAGGCAAUUGAGCUCCAUCAACAAAACGAACUAAAAGAAUCGACGUACCAUCUGCGUAUCGCGGCCAACAAGGGACACCCAACUGCAAUGCUCCUGUACGCCCUCGCUUGCCGUCACGGUUGGGGCAUGCGAGCGAAUCCACGAGAAGGCGUACAAUGGCUUCGGAAGGCUGUAGACUACGCGAUGCUCGAGGUUGCAGACGACGAAGAUCCUGCAGGCCAGAGGCCUGGGGUUGAUUUCUACGAGAAGAAGGCACAUCGAGCCCAAUUUGCGCUGAGCAUUUACGAGCUCGGGGUUUCACAUCUCAACGGCUGGGGUAUCGAGCAAGACAAAGCACUCGCUCUCCGCUGUUUUGAGAUCGCCGGCAACUGGGGCGACACAGAUGCCCUGACCGAAGCGGGUUUCUGCUACGCAGAAGGCAUCGGCUGCAAGAAAGACCUGAAGAAGGCUGCCAAGUUUUACCGGAUGGCCGAGGCCAAAGGUGUGAGCAUGGUUGGGAACAGCUGGAUUCACAAGGACAAAUACAACGACUCGGAUGAAGAGAACGACUCGAGAUCGCGGUCUUCUCGAAAGACGUCGAGCGAGAAACCUCGCAGCAAGUCCAAAUCCCGGGGGAUCUUUGGACGCAAGAAAACAACAUCCUGA